GAGUAUCUGAUUUUAAUCUUCGUGUUGCAUUGCAAACACUUUUGAAAGAGUACUGUGAAGUAUGCAAAUCUCCCAAAGAGAACAAGUUUUGUAGUUUUCUGCAGACAUCUAAGGUUCGCCCUCGGAAAAAAGCAAGAAAGUACCUCUAUGCAGUAGGUGGGUAUACUCGGUUGCAGGGAGGUCGCUGGAGUGAUAGCAGAGCCCUCAGCUGUGUGGAACGCUUCGACACCUUUAGCCAGUACUGGACCACCGUGUCUUCACUUCAUCAGGCUCGAUGUGGGCUGGGAGUAGCAGUGCUAGGAGGGAUGGUCUACGCUAUUGGAGGUGAAAAGGAUUCGAUGAUUUUUGACUGCACCGAAUGCUAUGAUCCAGUAACUAAACAGUGGACAACUGUAGCUUCAAUGAAUCACCCCCGCUGUGGCUUGGGAGUGUGUGUAUGUUAUGGAGCUAUCUAUGCAUUAGGUGGAUGGGUUGGAGCUGAGAUAGGGAACACCAUUGAAAGAUUUGACCCUGAUGAAAAUAAAUGGGAAGUAGUUGGCAACAUGGCUGUGUCACGCUACUACUUUGGGUGCUGUGAAAUGCAAGGUUUAAUUUAUGUAGUUGGGGGCAUCAGCAAUGAAGGAAUAGAGCUUCGCUCUUUUGAAGUUUAUGAUCCACUUUCUAAACGUUGGUCUCCACUUCCUCCAAUGGGAACCCGGAGAGCAUAUCUUGGGGUGGCUGCACUCAAUGACUGCAUCUAUUCUAUUGGAGGGUGGAAUGAGACACAAGAUGCUCUUCAUACUGUUGAAAAAUACUCCUUUGAAGACGAAAAGUGGGUUGAAGUUGCCUCAAUGAAAGUGCCUAGAGCAGGCAUGUGUGUUGUGGCAGUCAACGGUCUUCUGUAUGUUUCUGGAGGUCGAUCGUCUAGUCAUGAUUUCUUGGCCCCUGGUACCUUGGACUCAGUUGAAGUUUAUAACCCUCAUUCAGAUACAUGGACAGAAAUCGGUCACAUGAUCACCAGCCGUUGUGAAGGGGGCGUUGCUGUCCUAUGAAGUAUAAAGAGUAAGAGAGCAGAAGGAGCAUUUUGAAAAUGUAGGAUUUGACCUUUUGGUGAUAGGACCCUACGAUUCUUCUGAGUUUUCCAUGGGUCUGGUACAUGGGUGACUCAAGACUGAUUUUUCUAAAAAUUUCACUGAGAAGAGAUAUGAAAUAAAUCCUAAAUUAAGAGCUCACACAAAUUUGCUAAACUCACCAAUAGAAAUGUUCUUUAUGCCCUAGAAUUGUCUGGUUAAGCAUAGAGUCCUAUUUGUAAAAAUUAUUUGCUGGAAGUUUCUUGGCAGAUAGCCCAUUUAGCUGCUUCUCCAGGCAAUUUCAAGUUGUACAUAAUCUUUGUGUGAUGAAGGAGUGUCAGUGAAAUAGUUUAAAAGCUCUCUGUACAUUCAUGACAGAGCUAGAGCACAAUUCUCCAUGGCCAUAGGUUAACCUACAAAGAAAAGCCAAUGUAGUUAACUUUCUACUUUUAUUUGAGUUCAGGAGUUUUCAUUAGCUCCAAACUUUUUAUUGGCAACAGAUAUACUAAAAGGGGUGUGUAAAAAAUAUCUAGCUAUUUAUAGAGGUAAGUUUUUGAUUGUUGAUGACAACUUAAGAAAAGCUUUAGCUCACUCACAAUUUGUGUCUUGAUUCUGAGAGUAGGGAAUGAAUAGGAAGUCCUUAGUGACAGUCCUUGAUUAUAAUAGGCUAUAUUAGGUGAUAGAGCCCACUAUGCACCAGGCAGGCACCUAGAAAUGUCUGUAUUUUCUAGGUAGUCACCAAAAGGAGCUGUUUGACUUUAGGAAGAAGGAACUUUACUAAAUUAUCCAGCCUCACUAGUUUAACAUGGCCAAAUCGAAUUAUCAGCUUUACAAAGCUAUUGUUUGGUGUGGGGAAGACAAUUCUGGGUGCUUAUACAGUCUCUGACUCAAGUAUAGGUUGAAAGGCCCAUUUAUUCCAAAACUGCUUCUCAAAACGUCUCAUUUUGGGCUGGCCCCAUGACCUAGUGAUUAAAGGAGCUGGAUCUCUGGUUUUAGAAACAGGCCAGGUGUGGGUGCAUACAUACUCAAAAUCCCUAUAGGAGGGAGAAAAGGAGAAGGAAACAUAGCAACCCCGUGGGGGAGUUAUAAAUAUUAACAGCUUAUUUAGAUAGAAAACUUUUGGUCUGCAUUAAAGACUCAGGUAGUACUCAUAUCCAAAAGAUCUGGUUUUGCCCACAAGGAUACUUUCAUAACUUAACUAUAUGCAUGUUUUAGAGAAAACUUAUGUAGACAGAAAGCUCAGUCCCCUUCUCUGGGGUAUCCUGAAAGACAGAAGGGUCACUGAUGCUUGUUUGGAUCUGUAAGAUGUUAAAAGGUGAGUAUCAGGCUCAUUUGUAGACUAUUUCAGUUCUAGCUCGUGUGCCUUUAAUAUUUCUAGUUACGGAGAAUCUGCUUUCUGGUUCAAAACAGAUUGACAAAGCACUCCUAUAAUUUAAUUAUUGUCUAGUACCAAUCUAAAAUGGCACUGUGAAGGAAGGCAUUUUUGCACUGUUGUGGCAGAAAUGUAAUGUCAAGACAAUUAGAGUUUAAGUGUUUGGACUGUUACUAAGGACCUCCUAUUAAUUACUUGCAUUCUCAGAAUCAAGACAAAAAAACCCAGAAGAUUCUUUUUAAUAACUUUUUUUGAGAGGUUUUUGCUAUAGGGCACAUAUGCUCGCCAGAUAGACAGACACAGAGAGAAAGAA